CACAACAAGUCAUAUACUUUAUCGGAUUUGUUUUGAAUCACAGACUACAAGCAUUGCAAUGUUUUCCAAUUCUUKCAACAACGACGACGACAACGAAAACAACAACAGCGGGAGAAGCAGAAGGAGCACUAAAAUGGUUUCCCCCGUCUCGCCAUCGCGGGUGCAACAGAUGAUGGGACCCAACGGAAUACCGAAACCAAAGUCCCUGCUCGCCUCGUUUUUGUUUUCUGCACUCUCCGGACCGGAGGAGCAGCGACACGAACAAGUCGGCCACCAGGCAUCACCRAGAUCGCUGCCGGCACCGCGCUCCCUCCAAUCCAACCUGYUGCCCCCCUGCCUGCUCGGAGAAAACGUCGCCGGAUCGUCCCGCCGAUCGAGGACCGUCACGGACGACGCCACGGAGGAGCCCGCUGAGGCUUCGUCCCGUCCACUCCUGCCCCUCCCCCGCCGGUCCUGGAAGAUUUCCAGGGACGACAGCACGGCGCUCUCCAGGGUUCCGAGCUUUUACCCMCCCCUGGACCCCAAYUGCACGGCCCUGGUCACGGAUGCCCCGCCCUCGAUCGUCGUGGUGCGAAUCAGCGAGUGCCUGCGCAAGCGCUCGAUCGCUGCGGAGUACGACGACGAGUCGGUCGUGGCCCGCUGCAUGACCGUGGACCGGUGCGAGUUCGAAAUUCAGCUCUACCGAUCCUCGUCCUCUCCGGCCACGUCGUUUCUCGGCGGGGAUGACUUUGACGUGACCAUGGCGGACCUCGGGACACUGCCCUCUACCACGUACAACGCCCCCAGGUGCGACGCCGUGAUCGUCGAGGUCCGGCGCCUCUCGAGCGGGAGCAGCAUCACGAGCUUCCACGCGGCCUGCCGCAAGAUCCUCAUGGCRGCCAAGGGACUGGACGCCGGCACGGACGAGCGGAAGCCCCGGUGCAGGAACGGAAUGGAGUUCCGGUACCGGCCCACGCGCAAGCGGGGGAGGGACCGCCUGGCCCCCGCUUGCGGCCCGAAACGGCCCAGGAGUCUCCUCGCCGGAAACGGAUCCCCGUCCUCCGAAUCGGGAGGGUCCGCGGUACCCGACGAAACGCCUGGUGGCGUCUCCUCUGCAGAGUCGGCUCUGGAGGGAGCAUUGGAACUGCUGCGAAAGGAUCGAUUAGAGUGCCGGCGGCUGGGAAUGGAACGAUUGGUCGAUCUCACGAAUCCGGACAGCUGCGGAAGGGAAACCUGUCGCCACGUCGGKAYGCGGCUGCUCUCGCAGGAACAGAGCCCGCACCACCCCCGGGGCGUUUUGAUGGAGUACCUGAUGCAUCCGGGCGCCGCCCAGCUGGCCUCCGAGACGGUGUUCGGUAGCAGCGCGAAUGCCCAGGGGGACUGCGAUGCGAGUGCGAACGAGAACGAGAACAGCGAACGGAUGGUGCGAUCAUUUCUGGAAUCCUCGGCUCUGUCGGCAAGCCCGCUCGCAUCGCAUUCCCCUCAAAAGCAGCAACGCCAGCAGAGUGCGCACCACGGGCAAUCCCCGUCCUCUUGCUUCAAGAAGAAAAUGUCCCUGGCUCUGCACCGGCGACCCGCAUCACCCUCCCCCGGACAAGAGCACAACUCCGAUGCCCGACUCWUGUUGUCCCCCGACGACCUCCGCCACGAGGCCCGCCUGCGAGCRAUGGCGCUGCGGGUCCUCUGCAACAUCCUGGACCAUCUGUCGGCUACGAAGGAAUUGCGGCGUGUCUUGUAUCCCAAAGCAAGCAGUAGCGAACCCCGGGCAGCGAAUCGUGGGGUGGGGGCAUCGCGGUGGGUCCAGCCUGCUUUUUUGCUGUCCCUGGUGCAGGAGCUGCAGGGGGCCGGUCGGCCCCCCAGCGUGGCGGAAAACGGGUACAAGCUAGCGUCCGUCCACGAGGCGGCCCUGGCGGCUCGCUGCCUGAGGUUGCUGGCGGGGUACGAGGGCGAAGACGACGACGAAGACGAGAAAGAUUGCGACGAGCGGCACCCCCCGCCACGCACCGGCGACGACRACGAUGAGGACGACGAUUGCCACAGGAACCGUUGCGUGGAAGAGGUCCGCGACUUUUUGAGGUCGGAACCGGUCCUGGAACGCCUGUCGUAUGCCCGRUUGUGCGGCCGGGUCACCCACGCCAUUCUAGAGUUCGAGGCCGAUUGUACGUACCAUCGGCUCACGGAGGAUGCCCGGUCGUGCUGAUCCGAACCGGCACGAACGAAACAUGGAACCAAAACAUCCGCAAUGUCUUUUGCUCGUAGAUGCACAGAUCGAAGAACAACUAGCGUAUCGAACACACGGG